CAUUUUACAAGGGACACACUUUACACAACACACUUUUUCUGCGUGACUGCAAAUAAUCGUUUCAUAAUACUGAAUAAGGACAAAAACCUCAAACUUAGGAAGGUAUUGUGCGAUGAACAAUAUGCACACUUUACAAUUCCAAGGCUGUAACUCUACAUUGUUAACCCUUUCACAGAGGCUUUGUGUUAUUUUGUUCUGAGAGAAACAGCCUUUUUAAGGUCUUUUGAGAGACCAUGUCCAUGGAAUGUGGACAAACCUCAGUGCAUUAUGGGCCUCUAUGCCAUGUUGCUGAGUCAGCGGUUUGUACAAUGGGGCCACAGGUAUAAAAAGAAAGGUUUUAAACCAGUAGAAUAUCAGUUCCAGAGCAGCAGCAGCAGCAGCAGCAACAGGACCCCCACGAAGCAAGCCAAAAUGCCCAACAUGAACAGCAGGAUCGUCUUCUACGAGGACAGGAACUUCAUGGGCCGCUCCCAUGAGUGCAGCACCGACUGCCCUGACAUGUACUCCUUCCUGAGCCGCUGCCACUCCUGCAAGGUUGAGGGUGGCUGCUUCAUGCUGUAUGACCGCCCCAACUACAUGGGAAACCAGCACUUCAUGAGGAAGGGAGAGUACGCUGACUACCACAUGAUGGGAAUGGCUAAUGGUAUGAGGUCCUGCCGCAUGAUCCCUAUGCACAGGGGAUCUUACAGGAUGAAGAUCUACGAGAGAGAGAGCUUCGGCGGUCAGAGCCACGAGAUCAUGGAGGACUGUGACAACAUCAUGGAUCGUUACCGCAUGUCCAGCUGUAUGUCCUGCAACAUCCAGGACGGCCACUGGCUCAUGUAUGAGAUGCCCCACUUCAGAGGCAGGAUGAUGUUCAUGAAGCCUGGAGAGUACAGGCACUUCAGCAUGGGUAUGGGAAGCAUGGGUGGCAUGGGCGGCAUGGGUGGCAUGAGGUUCCAGAGCAUGAGGCGUAUCACCGAGUCCUGGUACUAGAUGCUGCUCUUUACAAUGAUGUAACAAGCCAUUGAAUAAAAAUAUUUAAAUA